AAAAAACAACCAGUUAAAAACAAAAUGUUGAUUUGACAACUCUGACAAGAAAAUGGUGACUGGAGAACGUUACUAUCCAAAUUUUCAGCUUUAUCGUUAUGAAGGACAGUAAGAUUAUCUUAAUCCUAUGUUCAAAAAAAGAUUAUCUUCAUCCUUAAUAACGACAAAAAAAAAAUCUUAAUCCUUAAUAGUAAGAGAUUGCUGGAUAAAAAAACAUAUAACGCGUAUCAAAUUACCCUAAGUUACUCUGGGAUCCUGGUAGGUUUGGUCAAGCUAUCCAAGCUUUCACAUUUUCAAAAAUAGAUUAAAAAAUACAACUGCAACGAAAAAGACUACCUUUUUAUAUUCCCUUUAAUUUAUCUAAAUUCCCCCGAGAAAAGAGACAAAAAAAUUCACGAUGGAUACGUAACUGAAAGCCGAGGAAUCAAAGCCAUCAUAUCUCAACACGGAUCAUCAUCGUUGUCAUCAUCAUCACUGCCGUUCAUAAAUAGAAAGCAACAAAGACAUCCUUGAGCCCACUCCUUUCCUAUUUUUCGCUUUGCGUGCGUUCUUAUCAACUUGUAAAGAAAGCUACAAAAAUCAUUAAAUAAAGACCCCAACUUUCUCGUGUCUUCUCUCUAUCUCCUUCAUCUACUCUGUUCGCUCUAAUCUCUCUCUCUCUCUCUCUCUCUCUCUCUCUCUCUCUUUUAUCCAGAAGGGUAGUUUAAAAAGUGCAGAAAGAAUCGAUCUUGCGAAGUGGGUUCUUUGAUAAUUGUGCUCUCGAUUCCUUCGAAAUGGGUUCUUCCGUGGAGCAGAACAUUCUUGUUACUGGUGGUGCUGGAUUCAUCGGGACACAUACUGUUGUUCAACUACUGAAAGAAGGUUUUAAGGUUUCGAUCAUCGAUAACCUUGAUAACUCUGUCAUCGAAGCUGUUGAUAGGGUUAGGGAGCUCGUUGGUCCCGAUCUCUCCAAGAAGCUCGAGUUCAAUCUCGGUGAUCUAAGAAACAAAGGGGAUAUUGAGAAAGUCUUUUCCAAACAGAGGUUUGAUGCUGUGAUCCAUUUUGCGGGUCUUAAAGCUGUGGGUGAGAGUGUUGGAAAUCCUCGACGCUACUUUGACAAUAACUUGGUUGGAACAAUCAAUCUAUAUGAGACCAUGGCAAAGUACAACUGCAAAAUGAUGGUGUUUUCAUCAUCUGCAACUGUUUAUGGACAACCUGAAAAAAUUCCAUGCGUGGAGGACUUUGAAUUAAAGGCUAUGAAUCCAUAUGGUCGUACUAAGCUCUUUCUUGAAGAAAUAGCAAGAGACAUCCACGUAGCGGAACCAGAAUGGAGAAUUGUUCUGCUGAGGUACUUCAAUCCUGUGGGAGCACACGAGAGUGGCAGAAUCGGUGAGGAUCCAAAGGGAAUCCCCAAUAACCUCAUGCCUUACAUCCAACAAGUUGCUGUGGGACGUCUACCUGAACUCAAUGUCUAUGGACAUGACUAUCCUACCGAUGAUGGUAGUGCGGUGAGAGACUACAUCCAUGUGAUGGAUUUGGCAGAUGGACAUAUCGCUGCGCUAAGGAAGCUAUUUGCUGAUCCAGAGAUUGGAUGUACUGCUUACAAUCUAGGGACUGGAAGAGGAACGUCUGUGUUAGAAAUGGUUGCGGCUUUUGAAAAGGCUUCUGGCAAGAAAAUACCGAUCAAGCUCUGUCCGAGAAGGUCAGGAGAUGCAACUGCAGUUUAUGCUUCAACGGAGAGGGCUGAGAAAGAACUUGGCUGGAAGGCAAAAUAUGGAGUGGAUGAGAUGUGCAGAGAUCAGUGGAAUUGGGCAAACAACAAUCCAUGGGGUUACCAGAAGAAGCUUUGAGUUCACUCUCUCUGUUUUUGUUUUAGUUGCUAUUUCUAAUCACUCAAUAUAAAAGAAAAGUGUUCAUACACAUUAUAUAGCUGUGCUUUUAUCUUCCAUGUAACGAACGGAUCUCUUUACUUCGAUUAAUAAAUCAAACAAUUUAUACAAAUCAUAUAACAACACAGGAAGAUCCAUUUCAAUGCAACUAUGGCUUGUUUCGAAAAGAACCACCAAAUCUAAGAAAGCUUUUGUCCAAUUCACCACUCGAUAGCUUUUAUCCAUAACCAUCUUUUAUGGUAAACGCAUCUGCACAGAAGCCACAACUCUUCAUUUCUUCAAUGAGUUUAGCUGAUGUGACUACGUCACUGCCUCGUAGAUGUGCUCUGAUCAGUGUGUUGUACGUACGACUAUCUGGUGCGUACCCUUCCUCCUUCAUUUCUCUAAGCAACGUAUCUGCUUCAGACAUUAAGCCUUUUCUGCAUAAUCCUGAAAUCAUUAUGAACAUCCCGUGAAUGAUGAUGCUAAAGAUACAUAUACCAAGAUCCAUCUUACUCUCCUCCAUUUUUCCAAGUAUUUCAAUUGCUAACUCAAGUUCUCCAUUGUCACACAAACCAUCAAGCAGAACACCAAAAGUUACAAUACUAGGUGGCACACGACGAGAAACCAUCUCCUGGAAGAUUUGUUUGGCAGCAUUGAGUUUCCCCGAUUGACAAAACCCUUGGACAAGAGUGUUGUAAGUGACUGUGUCAGCAACCACUCCUCUUGCAGACAUUUUGCGGAAGAUUUCAAAACCAUCAUCAACACGUUUGGCCUUACAGUAUCCGUUUAUGAGGAUGCUAAAGGUAACGGUAUUAGGAUCACAUCCGUUGCUAACCAUCAGUUCCAACAUCUGGUUUGCCUCAUCUAUGCGGUUCUCUUUGCAAAACCCAUCUAUCAGAGAAUUAUACGUGAUCGUAUUAGGAGCUACGCCAUUUGUGAUCAUUUCAUUGAAAUACUCUUUAGCCUCUGCAAGCUUUCCUUCUUUCACAAAAACAUCAAUCAAAGCACUGAAAGUGACAACGUUGGGAGUGAUUUGCCUUGUGAUCAUGUCACUGAACAACCUUGCACCAUCGUUCCAUCUACCGACACUACAAAGGCCUCCUAUGAGAGUGGUGUAGGAGAUAACAUCUGCUUUGAUCCCUUUCGUUUCCAUCUCAAUGAAAAGGUUGAGUGCAUCAUCAUUGUUCCCGUCUUUGCAAAACCCAUCAAUGAUGAUAUUGUAACUGGUUGCACCCAGCUUCAUCUUUCUUCCUUCCAUCUCUCUGAGCAAACCCAAUGCCAUGGAAGUUUUGCCGGACUUGCACAUUCUAUGUAGAACUGGUCCGUAUGUAACUUCAUUGGGUUGAUAGUCGUUUUCCACCAUCCGAUCUAUCAAAUCCAUUGCUUCAGACACUUUACCUUUGAGACAAAGUCCAUUGAUCAGAGUGCUAAGCGUUAUGAGAUUGGGACUAAGCUCCAUUUCCACCAUUCUAUCAACUAGCUCCACAGCUUCUGCGACUCUACCUUCGAGACAUAGUCCGUUUAUCAAAGUCGAAAAUGUGAUUACGCUAGGCUCAAACCCAAGUUUCAAGAUCUUUCCCACAACAGAGAAAGCAAAACCGAGUUUCCUGCGCCGACAGAGACAAUUGAUUAUGAUAUUCAGAGUGUAGAGACCACACGCAACCCCUUGCAAUUCCAUCUGCUUACAGAGACCUAACACGAGGUCAUACUGUUUGGUUUUGGCCACACCACUAAACAGUCUAUUGAAUUCUAUGACAGUAGGGACGGGACGAGACCAAAUCAUGGAUUGGAACAGUUCAACAGCAUCAUCAGCCUUUAUAUCAACAAGCCCACUUCUCAAUCUAUCUUUGUAAGAGAGGUUACUAUCGCUGCUGAGACCAGAAAAGGCUCGUUCGCAGCAAGACAAGAACACGUAUGGGCUAUAGAAUAAAGUACUUCCCAGAGUACCUGUCUCAAGGAAACGAUGCUGUACAAAUUUCAAAGCUUUAGCAUUCCUCCAUCUCCGCAUCAUCUCCAGCUGAGUCACUGUGUGUGAUAAACCAUGGCAGGAGCACGAGCUUUCUGGACAAAAGAAUACCCAAAAAC